GAGAACGAGGAGGAGAACGAGGAAGAGGAGAACGAGGAGGAGAACGAGGAAGAGGAGAACGAGGAGGAGGAGAAUGAGAACGAGGAAGAGGAGAACGAGGAAGAGGAGAACGAGGAAGAGGAGAACGAGGAAGAGGAGAACGAGGAAGAGAACGAGGAAGAAGAGAACGAGGAAGAGGAGAACGAGGAAGAGAACGAGGAAGAGGAGAACGAGGAGGAGGAGAACGAGGAGGAGGAGAACGAGGAAGAGGAGAACGAGGAAGAGGAGAACGAGGAAGAGGAGAACGAGGAAGAGGAGAACGAGGAAGAGGAGAACGAGGAAGAGGAGAACGAGGAAGAGGAGAACGAGGAAGAGGAGAACGAGGAAGAGGAGAACGAGGAAGAGGAGAACGAGGAAGAGGAGAACGAGGAAGAGGAGAACGAGGAAGAGGAGAACGAGGAGGAGAACGAGGAGGAGGAGAACGAGGAGGAGGAGAACGAGGAGGAGGAGAACGAGGAAGAGGAGAACGAGGAAGAGGAGAACGAGGAGGAGGAGAACGAGGAAGAGGAGAACGAGGAGGAGAACGAGGAAGAGGAGAACGAGGAAGAGGAGAACGAGGAAGAGGAGAACGAGGAAGAGGAGAACGAGGAAGAGGAGAACGAGGAAGAGGAGAACGAGGAGGAGAACGAGGAAGAGGAGAACGAGGAGGAGGAGAACGAGGAGGAGAACGAGGAAGAGGAGAACGAGGAAGAGGAGAACGAGGAGGAGAACGAGGAAGAGGAGAACGAGGCUAAAUUAAGAUAA